AUGCCUUUCAACAAACGGAAGCGAGACCUCCUGGAUUUCGAUCCUAAUAAGUCGGAUCCAGAGGAUGAGAACUUCGAGCCUGACGCGGACCAACCUCGACCGCCGCGCAAGAAACCACGCCGUGGCAAAUCUGCUAAAGCCCCUGGUCGCAGCAGGAGGCCCAACAGAUACGGAGGCUCCGAUGUUGAAGACGACGACGAAGUGUCUGAGGACGAGUCUUUCGGCGAUGACGACGAUGAUGAUGAAGAAGAAGAAGAAGAGGAGGAUGAAGAUGAUGCGCCCAUCAACGAGGCAACUGGCCGCCGCAGAAGAAAGGCUGCCAGGAAGCGUCCAAGCUACCGAGAAAGCUCCGAAGAUGACGUGGACAUAGUGAACGACUCGGACGACAAAGAUGAGCUUGUCGGAGAGACUCCCAAGAAAAAGAACACCCCGAAGCAAACCAAGAUAGUAGUGUUGAACAUACCCCGAUCGAUGCGCAAAGCCACUGCUGCACUGCCCACAGCUGCUCCCGCUACCAUGGGUAUGCGAAGAUCCACCCGAGCUCGCACGGCUGAGGCAGAUGAGCAGCUCCUCGAGUUGUCCAAUUCGGGGAAGCACGUUGUAUCGGCACGAGGAUCCAAGUCUGUUAGUCCAGAAGCAGCCGCGGCCGCGAGAAACACCCGAUCCACUCGAGGUGGAAAGGCACCAGCACCAAUCCCUACCAUUGAUGAAGCAACUCAGGAAAGCAGUGCACCCGAGAAUGGUGCGGAAGAUGAUGCUCUUCCAGAUGUGGUUGGAGAUGUCGCGGAAGAGCCCAAUAAGGACGAAGGUAACGAAGUAGAAGUAGGCGACGCAGAUGAAGAUCAACCGAUGGAAACCGUCGAAGAAGAAGCAGAUGAUGAGGACGACCCCCCUGUUAAUCGCCGAACCCGUGCACGAGCCGGUCAGUCUGGUCCAGCAACCGGAGGGUCUGUAGAGCCCGAACCCAACGAUGGUCCUCGGCGUUUGACUCGCAAGUCUCGUAUGCGGGCGAAGUCGCUCAAGGAACCGAGUAGCGACUUUGAUCCUGAUUCUGGAGAUGACAUGGAGUCCCACUCUGGCAAAGCCAAGAGCAAAGAUGCCGAGGAUGACGAAUUUUCAAGUCCCAAUCCCCGUGGGCGCAAGGCUGCUAAGGGUAAAGGUCGAUUGUUGAAGACUUCCCGGCAGCCAGAAGAAUCUGGCGAUGAAGAUGAGCUCGAUAAAGAUGAGCUGGCGAAUGAGCUCGAGGAGCUUAGGCAGAGUUCUCGAUCACGCCGGCCUCGCCGACGCCCAACUACCCCUAUUGAGUAUGAAGAAGUCAUCAGCAAACGCCGGGUGCGAAAACCGGUCGAUUACGCAAUCAAGCCCCUUGAUCAGCUGAUGAUUGAGCCUGAUGAAGAGCAGGACGCGGCUCCCACACCUGCUCGUCGCCGCGGUCGAGCCGGUGGAGCUUCAGCAUGGGAUCGCAGCCUCCAUACCAUCGCGGGACCUUUCGGGGGAGUCAGCGGCAGCGGGCCGGGGGCCUUAUUUGGUGGACCUUGGGGAACCGGUGCUGCUGGCGGUGUUGAUUCCGAUAGCAGUGAUGAUGAGAUGGGCCACCGCUCCGGCGUCGGCGGAAAUGUCGGUAUGACACCAACCUCCGCUGCUCCGCCUGGCAUGCUCGGUGGCAUUGGUCAAGCCAUUCCUCUCGAAGGGCUCGGCGGUCUCGGUGCAGUCGCUCCCAAUGUCGGCAAGGUCAAAAACCCGAAGGCUUACGCCGACGCGGAUCCUCUUGGCGUCGAUAUGAACGUUGACUUUAGCAAGGUUGGUGGACUGGAGGGACACAUUGACAAUCUCAAGGAGAUGGUCCAGCUCCCGCUUCUGUACCCAGAGCUGUUCAUGAAGUUCCACGUCACACCACCCCGUGGUGUCCUGUUCCACGGGCCACCAGGCACUGGUAAAACGUUGUUAGCCAGAGCUCUAGCCAACUCUGCCGGUAUUGGCGGCAAGAAGAUCACGUUCUACAUGCGCAAGGGUGCUGAUGCAUUAAGUAAAUGGGUUGGAGAAGCAGAGAAGCAGCUUCGAUUGUUAUUUGAGGAAGCCAGACGAACACAGCCCAGUAUCAUCUUCUUCGAUGAAAUCGAUGGACUUGCACCUGUUCGGUCUAGUAAGCAAGAGCAGAUUCAUGCAUCCAUCGUCUCGACCCUCCUUGCUUUGAUGGAUGGCAUGGAUGGACGUGGCCAGGUCAUCGUUAUUGGUGCUACGAAUCGUCCAGACAAUAUCGAUCCUGCUCUUCGUCGACCUGGACGCUUCGACCGCGAAUUCUACUUUCCAUUGCCGGACAUCGAUGGGCGCCAGGCCAUCAUUGACAUACACACCAAAGACUGGGGAUUGUCUGAAAAGUUCAAGAACUCUCUUGCUCGUGAUGCGAAAGGCUUCGGAGGUGCCGAUCUCCGAGCCCUGUGCACAGAAGCGGCUAUGAAUGCGAUCCAGAGAACCUACCCGCAGAUAUACUCGUCCAAAGAAAAGUUGAUUGUCGAUCCGGACAAGAUCAGUAUUCACAUGGCCGACUUCAGUCUUUCCAAGAAGAAGAUAAUUCCAUCAUCAGAGAGGUCCUCGACUUCCGGUGCUGCACCUCUGCCGAAAUCCAUUGAGCCACUGCUACGAACUUCGUUCAAGAGUAUCACAUCCAUUUUGGAUGAUAUUCUACCCCGGAAAAAGAAAGUCACUGCUCUUGAAGAGGCCAUGUUCGAACCGUAUGACGACGAAGAUUUCGGUUUCGGUAGGGAGGCUUUGCAUGAGGAAUUUGAGAGGUCUCGGGUGUUUAGGCCGCGGCUACUCAUCUGUGGCCUGCCCGGAAUGGGCCAUACAUACAUUGGUGCCGCGAUUUUGCAUUAUCUUGAAGGUGUCCACGUGCAGAACUUUGAUCUCCCCACGAUUCUUGGUGACCAACGAUCUGUUGAGCAAGUCCUUGUCGGACUCUUCACCGAGGUCAAGCGGCAAAAGCCGAGUGUUAUAUUCAUACCGAAUGUUGAUACCUGGUAUUCAACUCUGGAAGGACCGGCUCUCACCGCGUUUCUUGCCCUACUUAGGUCUAUCAAACCGACAGAUCCGAUCAUGGUUUUAGCGACAGCAGAAACCAAAGCCGAUAAGAUCUCAAUGGAACUUAAAAGGGACUUGUUUGGAUUUUCUAGCAAAAACAGCACUGAGAUAUUCCAUCCAUGCAGAGAACACCGCCGGGAAUACUUCUCCAUGAUAAUAGACCACAUCCGCAGGUCCCCCAGGGACUUUCCAGACCCAGCGCAUCGCAAGAAGAGGAUAUUGGAAGAGCUCCCAGUAGCCCCGCCCCCACCGCCCAAGGUCCUCACUAAGGCGGAGGAGAAAGCUGAAUGGUUGCGCUACCGGCAUCUGCUGAAUCUGAUGAAAGUCCACCUGCAACCCAUUAUGGACCAGAUCAACAGGAAGUACAAGAAGUUCCGUUCACCAGUUAUUCCACACUCCAAUUAUCAAUAUCUCUUCGACGAGCAAGAUCCCAAUCACGUCCGCCCCGACGUCGAGAAUGCCGUCCCGCGUCCAUACGAGAUCGCCAAAGACAAAGACGGCACCCAGGGCCUCCGGGAGACCUCCAGUGGCAAGUUCUACUACAAUCUUGACAUCCAAACCAUAGAGGAGAGACUCGCAAAUGGCUACUACAUAAAGCCACAGGGUUUCUUAAGCGACGUCAAGUCUUUGUUGAGUGAUGCCAAAGCUAUCGGAGACAGGGAGAGAUACAUUAAGGCCAGUGAGCUACUGACGAAUGUCGAGGUUGAUGUCAAUGAUGUUGACAAGAAGUUCGACACUCUGGGCGUCAACUGGGAUGACAUGUAUCGGGCUGAAACCCGGCGUAGAGCCGUCAAAGCUGAGAAGGCUCGAAAGAAGGCGGCACUACAAUCCGUGGUUGAUCUGGUCAUAUCCGAUGUCGGAGGUGCCGAGGUUGGCAGUGGUGAUGCCAAUUUGGAAGAAAACCAGCACCCUCGCAGAUUGCACACGACUACGGCUACGUUUCAAGUCAUGAGUCCUCACUCCAACGGCAAUGGCGAGAGCUCUAUGUCUCAGCAUCACAUUACCAACAGUACAUCUGUUCCGUCUGGAGGUCUAGGCGAGGAUAUCGACAUGAGAGAUUUCAGCGCGCAACACCAGGACCACACGUCACCCAUGCAACCACCGGCUCAGUGGCCUCGCAUGGAGCCCAGGGCUCUCGAUAUUUCUACCAGAGCAACCGCGGGCGGGAUGACACAGAUAUCUCAGGUUUCGGCUAUGCAGUCUCUGCCCCCGGGUGUCUCGCCAUCUGCCUUCGUGAACGAUGCUUCUACUACCAAAACCUCGGAUCCUUCAAACCGGUCAUCCAACAACUUCAGCACGCAGGCGACGAACGGAGUCCACCAUGAGCAAUAUAGCCAAGUUGAGCACAUUCCCGACACUCAGCCGUUGCCAGGCGAAAUAAGCCAAAGAACUUCAAGCGAUGAACAAUGGCCCCAUUCCCAAGUUGGGUUGGGCCGAGGAUCCCUUUUAGGAUUUUCACAGGACUCGCGGUUGAACACAUCACCGACUGCGGCGAGAUCGUCUCACGCGCCGAGUAUGGCCAAUCUUCUCAAUGAUCCCUCACCCGAGGAGCAAUCGCAAUCUCAGCGGCACUCCGGCGGCUCGUCUGGUUCGCAGCAAGUGGUAAUGGAUGACAGUUCAGGGCUGUUCUUCCUCGACGAAUUAGCGUCACGCACAUCCGGCUGUACCAUUGAGCAAUUGGAGCAGAUUAACCGCGAACUGAUGGCCGAGAUCUGGAGGACAAAGGCGGAGCACAAUCGCAUGAAGGUACUCGAUGCUGCGAUGCGGGUCUUUAAUGAAGUAAUCCGUGAUAUCGAGGAAAUGCAGACGGUUCUACGGCCGAGUCAAUAA